UGUGGGAAACAUCUGCCGCGAACAUUUGGAUUUUAUUUCUAAUUAAUAUAUUAUUUUUUAAUUAAUAUUGUCCUGUGAGAGGAUCGAGAUUGUCGGUGCAGCGUGGGAGCCUCAGUGUGGGAAUGACAUGCUGCAGUAAAGACUGGAAAUACAAAUGGACAUGAAAACACAACGAUGAUGUGACUGCGAACUACGAAAAGAAGAUGCUUUACAAUCAUCACCUUGUGCUGACAUCUUUAAUAUUACACAUUGAGUCGUUUCGGGUAUUUCUUCCUCAGUGGACUGUGUCACAUUGACUGGGCAAUAUUUGUAAGAGCUAUCUAUCAGGUUAUUAUCUGAAUCGUUUUACAGUAUAACAGCUGCCAUCAACCUAAAGAAGGACUGAGAUCUGAAGAGAGGGCACCAUGUCGGCGGUGAUGAUCACACGUAAGGUGCGAAAAUGGGAGAAGCUGCCGGGGAAAAACACUUUCUGCUGCGACGGCAGGGUGAUGAUGGCCCGGCAGAAGGGAGUCUUCUACCUGACCCUCUUCCUCAUUGUCGGGACCUGCUCCCUCUUCUUCGCCUUUGAAUGUCCGUACCUGGCCGUCCAUCUGUCUCCUUCCGUCCCAGUUUUCGCCAUCGUGCUCUUCUUCUUCGUCAUCGCCAUGUUGCUGAGGACGAGCUUCAGCGACCCCGGGGUGCUGCCACGAGCUCUGCCAGAGGAAGCCACAUUCAUUGAGAUGGAGAUUGAGGCUGCUAAUGGGAACGUCCCCGCGGGGCAGCGACCCCCCCCUCGAAUCCGCAACGUUCAGAUCAACAACCAGAUCGUGAAGCUCAAGUACUGCUACACCUGCAAGAUCUUCAGACCUCCGCGAGCUUCUCACUGCAGCAUCUGUGACAACUGCGUCGACCGUUUUGAUCACCACUGUCCAUGGGUAGGGAACUGUGUGGGCAAGAGGAACUACCGAUACUUCUACAUGUUCACCCUGUCGCUCUCCCUGCUCACCAUCUACAUCUUCACCUUCGACAUCGUCCACGUGGUGAUGCGUUCAGUGGAUAAAGGCUUUUUGAACACUUUGAAGGAAACACCUGGAACGGUGCUGGAGGUGUUGGUGUGUUUCUUCACCUUGUGGUCGGUGGUGGGACUGACCGGCUUCCACACCUACCUGAUCUCUCUCAACCAGACCACCAACGAGGAC